AUGUCUCUCAAGGCAUUAGACUACGAGUCACUGAAUGAAAACGUGAAGAAUUGUCAGUAUGCAGUCAGAGGUGAACUCUAUCUCCGUGCUUCUGAGCUUCAGAAAGAAGGCAAAAAGAUUAUUUUCACAAAUGUUGGAAACCCUCAUGCUUUAGGACAAAAGCCGCUGACAUUUCCUCGACAGGUGGUUGCUCUAUGCCAAGCACCGUUUCUGCUAGAUAACCCAAAUGUUGGGAUGAUAUUCCCUGCAGAUGCUAUUGCAAGAGCUAAGCAUUAUCUUUCCUUGACUUCUGGUGGUCUUGGUGCUUACAGUGACUCAAGAGGCCUUCCGGGAGUUCGGAAGGAAGUCGCUGAGUUCAUUGAACGGCGUGAUGGAUAUCCAAGUGACCCAGAACUCAUAUUUCUAACCGAUGGAGCUAGCAAAGGUGUGAUGCAAAUCUUGAAUUGUAUCAUACGCAAUCAGAAAGACGGGAUUCUGGUUCCAGUUCCACAGUAUCCACUCUACUCAGCUACCAUAUCUCUGUUAGGUGGCACUCUUGUUCCUUACUAUCUUGAAGAAACUGAAAAUUGGGGACUUGAUGUUAACAACCUUCGCCAGUCUGUUGCACAGGCCCGCUCUCGAGGAAUAACAGUAAGGGCAAUGGUGAUCAUUAACCCUGGAAACCCAACUGGCCAGUGUCUUAGCGAAGCUAACUUAAGAGAGAUAUUGCGGUUUUGUUGUGAUGAGAGAUUGGUUCUUCUUGGAGAUGAGGUGUAUCAGCAAAACAUAUACCAAGAUGAGCGUCCCUUUAUCAGUUCCAAGAAGGUUUUGAUGGAAAUGGGAGCACCGAUCAGCAAGGAAGUUCAGCUCAUAUCGUUCCAUACCGUUUCCAAAGGAUAUUGGGGCGAAUGUGGGCAACGAGGUGGUUACUUUGAGAUGACAAAUAUCCCUCCCAGGACCGUUGAGGAGAUAUACAAGGUUGCAUCUAUAGCUCUCAGUCCCAACGUCUCUGCGCAGAUAUUUAUGGGUUUAAUGGUUAGCCCACCAAAGCCAGAAGACAUAUCGUACGAUCAAUUCAUUCGUGAAAGCAAGGGAAUACUAGAAUCACUGAGAAGAAGAGCAAGGCUCAUGACUGAUGGAUUCAACAGCUGCAAAAACGUCGUCUGCAAUUUCACAGAAGGGGCAAUGUAUUCGUUUCCUCAAAUAAAGUUGCCACCGAAAGCGAUCCAAGCAGCUAAACAAGCUGGAAAAGUCCCUGAUGUUUUCUACUGCCUGAAGCUUUUAGAAGCCACAGGAAUCUCCACAGUUCCAGGCUCUGGAUUUGGACAGAAAGAAGGGGUGUUUCAUCUGAGGACAACGAUUCUGCCAGCAGAAGAAGAAAUGCCAGAGAUUAUGGAAAGUUUCAAGAAGUUCAACGAUGAGUUCAUGUCUCAGUACGCUGAUAACUUUGGUUACUCGAGAAUGUGA